AGGCUACACUCCUGAGUAGGAGGUAAACAUUGUAUAGUGCGAUUGGUCAUCCUCGGGUUCUUUGCUUUUUCUUGUUUUCGAUCUCAGUUAGGUCCCAGUGAAUCUACCAAACGCUAUACCGAGGAUAUUUUUUAUCCGUUCGAUAACUUUUUCAUUUAUUUUGUCGGUCGCUUGUGCUUGGACAUUUGAGUAUUCAAACGCGGCGGCAAAAAUUUUAAAAAAUAAUUAUUAUAAUUAAUAAUAAUUAAAUAAAUAUAUACAUUUUUAUACGUACGAGUUAUGGACCAGUGCAGUUUUGUGCUCGCAAAGUGAAAGUGUCAAAUUUUUAAAAUACAGUUGCAGAAAUUAAAUUUAAAAUGGUGGGCUACUAUCCGGAAGCAAUAGGAGCUCGUGCCCAAUCAUCACAGAUAACGAUGGCGACUCUAGAAGUUAUGAAGCCCGUUAAAAGUUUGGUGUGCAGUCCCGAUUUGACGGUAUUCGCAUCUCAGCCGGUUGACAGAUUGACCGAAACAGCGGAGGAUAAAUCCUACCACUGCUUGCUCUGUCAGAAGACAUUCGACCAGAAAAGUGUCUAUCAGAGUCACCUUAGGUCCCACGGUAAGGAAGGCGAGGACCCGUACCGCUGCAAUAUCUGCAAUAAAACAUUCGCCGUACCGGCCCGUCUAACCCGUCACUACCGUACCCACACGGGGGAAAAACCCUACCAGUGUGAGUACUGCAACAAGUCAUUUUCGGUAAAAGAGAAUCUCAGCGUACAUCGUCGCAUUCAUACUAAAGAGCGGCCAUACAAGUGCGAUGUAUGCGAACGCGCAUUUGAGCACAGCGGUAAAUUACACCGACACAUGAGGAUACACACGGGCGAACGUCCACACAAAUGUUCGGUCUGUGCAAAAACUUUUAUACAAAGCGGCCAGCUGGUUAUUCACAUGCGCACACACACGGGGGAAAAACCUUAUGUGUGUAAGGCCUGUGGCAAAGGAUUCACCUGUUCUAAACAGCUUAAAGUACACACACGCACGCACACAGGUGAAAAACCCUAUACGUGUGAUAUUUGUGGGAAAUCAUUCGGCUAUAAUCAUGUACUGAAGCUCCACCAAGUUGCCCACUAUGGGGAAAAAGUUUACAAAUGUACUCUGUGCCAUGAGACAUUUAAUUCCAAGAAGACAAUGGAGAUGCACAUUAAGACUCACGCCGACUCGGGAACAACGUCACCGCGUGAUUCACCUAUUGAACCGGUGAUCGAGAUAUCGCAGAACGCUGCGGUAAAUUCAAUAAGUGACGCAAGCAGCAUCAUUAGCAGCACCAGUUGCAACAGUAGCAGCAGCAGCAGCAGUGCCAGCAGCAUCAGCAGCGUUUGCAGCAGCAUCAGCAACGGGAAUUGCAGCGACAAAGAGAACAAGACUGAAGACACUCAGGCUUACAUGCACUCACGAGACUUAUCGUACUACCUCUAUCCGCGGGAUCAGUAUCAAGCUCCAAGUCCAUCGGGUGUUAAUCCAGCUCUGCUGGCAGCAGCAGCCGCCGCGGCUGCCGCCGAAGACCGAUCGCUGUUCCAGCCGCCAAUUAUUCCCGCAAAUUCAUCACCAGAAUCUCAAUCCCUGUUUAUCUAUCCCGAGUCAACGGCCUACACGUCUUAUGGACUUCAAAUAAACGAUAUCAGCGGCAACGAUUGUUCAUCGCUGCUCAAUUUACCCGGUAACGAUGCACGGAGAAGAGUCGAGGCUGCUCUGGAAGCUGUUGAAGAGGAACGUCAGCGUGAAUACCACGGCGGUAUUACUGGCGUUAAUCGCAACCAGCAAAUAUUAACACCUCCCAGCAGCAACCCCGUGAGUCCCGCGCCCUCUCCGGAUCCUCUGGAUCUCGCGGUCCCGGUUGUUACGAGACAGACAUUGAUAUUACCACCGCGCAAACGGUGCAAGGCUAUUUUGGAAUCAAUGGAAAGCGAAAGAACGGAGCUGCUGGUCUCUCAGAGACACAGCUCUGUCAUACAAUUCGCUCGCGCUUCUUAGUAAGCUUCGGUUAAUUAUUAAUUUGUUUAAUUAAUAAUUGAUUAUUAUUUAUCUUAAUAGUCUGAAACGUUUAAUUAUGUAUAAAUAUAUAUACACGUAUAUAUAUUUAUAUAUACUCUGGCGAGAUUUAUUCGCCAUCACUUUGCCGAGUUUUAUAGUAUUAGGUUUAUUGAAUAUAUACCGGAUUAUAUAAAUUAUUAAUUAUUAAAAAAUAUAUAUGAAAAAAAAAUAAAUAAUAAAUAUUAGAAGUAAUGUAAAUUCCGUUUGAAUUUAUAAAUAUAUAUAUAUAGACAAAUAACGGAAAUGGUUACAAAUUAAAUAAUUAAGAGUCAUUUUCUAAAGUUAUUUAUUGUAAUUUUCCUUAUUGGGAAGUGUUUUAUUGUGUCGUAUAAAUUGUAAUUAUUUUUUUUUCUCUUUAAUUAAAUUAAUUUGCGUAAAUAUACGCACUACCCGACAUAUUCCAGCCAAUAUGUAAUUUUUAUGCUACAGGAAAAAAAAAUUUCCAGGCGCAGGAAAAAUUUUUUAUUGUGAAAUGGAAAAAAAAAUUUUUUAACUAGACAAAUUUUCUUGAUGAGAAAUAGAGUAAAUAUUUAAUAAAAUAAAAUUUGAAAAAAUUGCGCAUUUAAAAAAUUGAAAAAUUAAUAAGUGCAUUUUUUAUAAAUAUUUUUUUUUUAAUUAUUUACUCUAUUUAUAUACAAUUUUAAAUUUAUCUGAUGUCUGCUACAUUCACACUCGUAUUUUAUUGACGUAAGAAAUUUUUUCUUGGCUCAAUAAAAUUUUCCGUUUCAAUUCAUAGUAAAAAAAAUUUCUAAGGGAAAGUAAAAAUUUUUUUAAAGUGAGUAAAAAUUUUUUGCGUCUAGAAAUUCUUUUUUUUUGUGUAAAAUACGUCUGUAUAUUUAUAGCAUACGAACAUUAAAAAUGUUUAGUACUAUCUUAUAAUUAUUUAUAAUAAUAAUAAAAAUUAUUAUUAUUACUAUUAUUAUUAUUAUUCUUAUUAUUAUUGAGCUAAAAAACAUGUUUUUGUUUGUCUUAAUAACCGAUAAAAUUAUUUAAGCACCAAACAAUUGAUAUCUCUGUGAUAACAACUCCAUACUACCAGAAUACUACGAGAAAAGAAAUAAUAAAAAUAAUAAUAAUAAAAAAAAUAUGAGGGUAGUUGAGCCCACUGCCAGUACAAGAGUAUAAUUAUAGUAAAAAAAAGAAAAUAAAUGAAUAAUGUAAACACACAAGCUUUAAUUUAAUAAAACAAUUGAUAACGAC